AUGGCCUCAUUACAAGCAGUAGACUUAUUCAAUAUUAAGGGAUGGGUGACAGUGGUCACUGGUGCUGGAUCAGGCGUUGGUAGGAUGAUGGCGACCUGCUUAGCACAGAAUGGUGCUAAGGUGUACAUCACUGGUCGUCGCCUUGAGAAGCUCCAGGAGACAGCGUCUGGAUAUGAGAGCAGUAUUAUUCCAGUUGCAGGUGACUCGACAAAGAAGGAGGAUAUUCAAGCAAUCGUCGAUCAAAUCAGCAAAAAGGAAGAUCACGUUGACUUGCUCAUCAACAACUCCGGCGUGAACACAGUCAGAGCGGAAAUGGACGCCAACGACAACUCACCAGAAGCUAUCAGCAAGCGCAUGAUGGACCAAUCAUUCGCUGAUUGGACUGAUCCAUACGCAAUCAACGUAGCUGCUAUCUACUUCACCACUGCAGCCUUCCUCCCUCUACUUAUUGCUGCAAACAAGAGCAGAGGUGCAUCUGGAAACGUAAUAAAUGUUACUUCCGUCUCUGGUAUCGUCAAGAACUCACAGAAUGGUCAAUUCAGCUACAACAGCAAUAAGGCAGCUGCUGUAUCUCUCAGCCAUCAGCUUGCACUUGAGUUGGCACGUCCACACAUCGGCAUCAGGGUUAACCAGCUCGCCUUGGGAUACUUCCCUAGCCAAAUGACAUCAGUUGAAACACAAGGCGAAAGGAGUUUAUUUAGAGAAAAAUGGCAAAUUCCAUUCGGCCGUGCUGGCGUUGCAGCAGAUCUUGCAAAGAUUGUCCUUAACUUGGCCACCAACGAAUAUCAAACCAACUCCACCGAGAUUCUUGACGGUGCUUACACUCUCGCAUCAGACCGUUUACACUUGGAGAAGUACACGUAA